CGGGGGCUCGCGGAGCGAGCCCUGCUGGCCGCACCGACGGACGCACAGUCAGAUAGGGAGAUCCCGUCGAGCGGCCACGGGGCUGCAGCUCUCACAGUAGACCAGCAGCUCCAGGAGGGCAGGGGGCUGUCUCACCUCCUCUGUGAUCCAGGACCAGCUGCGCCUGCCUCCUCACUCUCACACUGCCUUCUCGCCUCCAGCCAUGACACCCCUGCUCACCCUAUUCCUGGUGGCCCUGGUGGGCCUACCUCUGGCCCAGGCCCUGGACUGCCACGUGUGUGCCUACAACGGAGAGAACUGCUUCAACCCCAUGCGCUGCCCGGCCAUGGUCACCUACUGCAUGACCACGCGCACUUACUACACCCCGACCAGGAUGAAAGUGAGCAAGUCAUGUGUGCCCAGCUGCUUUGAGACUGUGUAUGAUGGCUACUCCAAGCACGCGUCCACCACCUCCUGCUGCCAGUACGACCUCUGUAAUGGUGCCAGCUUCACUGCCCUGGGAGGCCUAGCCUUGGCCCCUAUACUCCUGGCCACCCUCUGGGGUCUACUCUAAGCCCUGGGACCCCAGGCAGACCCUCUCAAGGACAAAGCUCUUGAGAGACACGGCUACAACCUCUCACCCUGCACACCCCAUCCAACUCUCUACCUUCCCGGAGACCCCCUCAGCCACCCCCAGCGCCCAGGACUGUCAGUAAGAGACUCUGACCUCCUCCAACCACCCAGGGGACCUCACUGGCAGCCUUGACCUUUCAUUUUCAAAAGGCUGGUAUGUGGGACUGGACCUCCCAGUGUGGGAACUGGUGUGUGGGACUGGACCUCCCAGAGGUGUCUGCGUUGGUGGGUGAGCGUGGGCCCUCCUCCGUCCAGGGCUAGAAGUGUCUGGCAAAGUGUCAUUUCUGGUGAGGGGCUCAGCCGGCCAAGGAACAGUGAUUUGAUGGGAGCUGUGGCCAAACCCCACCCUCUGGGCAGACCUUGGGUUGCAGUCCUAGGAGGAAGGGCUCUCCCAGGCCUAGGGAGGGGCUGUCUCUGCUUCCUGCUGAGGCCAGCAGCCACCCAGGGCAGCUGUGGGAUGGAGGGCCAGGUGAGGAAGGCCUUUGCUCCAUCGCCUGUCCUAGGAACUUGUGGCGCCUGUGUGGGAGCAGCCCUUGGCAGGGGAGGGGGUGGCCCCUCCAGCCUCAGAGGCUCUUGGGGUCCAGCGGGGGUCUGUGCCCUCUAAUUGACUCGCAUACCUUGACCUUUCCACAUCCCCCCACCAGGCACUGGGCCUGAGGCUGGCAGGGGUAUGGGAGCAGUGGCUGAGCUAUAUUUGGUGGGGCCUGAACACUGACCAGGGACCAGGGCCAGGGCUAUUCUGGGCAGGGAGGAGGGGGGCAGGGCAGUGGGCCCCCGGGGCCUGGUCCUUAGCCUCAGCGGGUUGGGCAGCCUGCACAGGCUGCGGGAAGCCAGACUGUGGUGUCCUGUUGGGCCCUCAGGCUGAGACCCUGUCCAGCCCCCUUGGCCCUGCCCCUUCAACCCCAGGUUGUGUCCACAGGGACUGCUGGUGCUCCACCAUGACUUAAGCACCCCCUCCAGCUUGGGACUCUCACGGACCCCACCCCAGGUCGGGGAGACACAGGUCUGCCCUGCCUGCCAUCCUGGAUGCGGGUGGCCCAGGGAGUGCCUGUCCCACUUGGAGAGAGGCCAGAUGGGCUUGAGACGUCAUGGUGCCCACAGCACCUGAGGCUUCCUCACCUGGCCAGUGCCCCCCCAAGCACCAGUGUCCAUCAGCUGGCCGCCUCAGCUGGCCCAGCCCGGGGUGGGGGUGGGAGGGUGGCAAAUGCCCAUGUGCUGGGAUUGUCCCUAGCCCCACUCGUGGCCCAUGCCAGGGCAGCCCAGCUGGAACUGUGAUUGAGAGCUCCUCUCCAGGACCCACUUGGGGGAUGAGGGUUUCCAGCCCUGGGGACUCCUCUUGCAGGGACUCAGGGAACAUGUGGCAGGGAUCCUCACAUAGGCCUGGGCUGGGGGCAGUUUUCUGGCCUCAGUUUCCUCCUCUGGAGGACAGGUUGCUGAGGAAGGAUGAGAGGGUGGAGUCCUUAGCUGAGGGCCCACCACAAGGAGGACAGGGUGGAUCUCUGGCAGAAUGGACUUAGGUGGGAAGGGGUCCAAGGGUGGGGAACAUUUGACUUUCCAGAGGUAGUGUCGGCUGCGUACCAGGCCAGGAGGUGGGAAGGCGUGCAGGGCAGUCCUGGACUCCCCCCACCCACCCCUCCAGUGAGUGGGCCAGGCCCUUCCCCUGGGGCCCAGUCGGUUGUGAGCCCCUUCCUGGAGGAGGCUGGGAGUAAGCCAGGUGCCACCCCAGAGCUCCCACAAAACGCCCACCAGCGAGUGGUCAGCCCCGGGGCAGUGACCAGACAAGGCCACCUCAGCUGCAGCCCACACGGGACUUGGUGCUGGCUGAGAGGGAGGCUCCAGCCCCAGAUGGCUCCUGACUCAGCGGGAGGGGCCUGGGACGCGGUCAUUACCCUGCUUGUGCAAGUCCAUGGACCUGAUUCAGGUGGUGCCCUCAGCUAAAGCAGGGAAGGGCCCCAGAGUAAGGUCCUCCUUCCCUCCCUCCUGUCUGUGGGGUAAUGGGGAGGAGGCCUGGUUCACCUGUGGGCUCGGGGACAGUGUGAACAAGGGCCUACGGGAGCUGGGGGUGCUGGGGUGUCAGGGAGGGAGGCAGCUUCUCACACCUGCCUCUUGCGUCCAUCUCCCGAAUCCUGACCUGGUCCAAGCCCUGCGCUGACAACACUGCCCCCAGCCCCGGGACAGGGAUGCCCACCCCACCUCUACCCCCAGAUUGGGUUCUGCCUGGCUGGCCUACCCUUGGUACCUAGCCCAGAGCACACAGAAGGUGCUCAACUUAUGCUGGGCCAGGCUGA